UUUUUAUUAGAGAUUUUACUUUAUUCACUACUGAUUGUGUGCAGUUUAUCUACAAAGAAAGAAUGUUUGAAAAUUAAGGACUUACUUCCAGUAUCGUUGAUAUGAAACAAUAAACAAUACUUAAAUGAUAUCGUAGUUUAAGAUAUGCUGUCAUCAAGAUGCAUUAACUAGGACAAUCGUAAAGAUUACAGCUGACCCAUUUGCUAAUACCUUAUCCAAUAAUAUGGUGAUGGCAGGAAACGAAAAUGUGCCAGGAGCCUUGGCAGAUGAUCCAUUAUCUGCAAGACUGCAAUGGCUACGUCAGCGCAGAGAAGCCUUACAAGAGAAGCUUGCUCAAAAAAAUAAUGAGUUGAAAAACCUGUGCAUAGAAGAGGCGGAAUUAACCGGAGUUUUACCACCGGAAAUACCUCUGGAGCCUGGUGAAAGUCCACCAACUUUUCGUAGAAAAGUGGGCACUUCCUUUAUACAUCCACAAAAAUUGAUUCUCAAGUUGAAGACAUCUGAUGUUGAGGAAUCUGAAUUGGAGUUGGAAAAACAAAUACAGCUUGGAAUUGUGGAAGCUGCGUUGGGUAUUAUUAACGAUCCUAUGGAAAGUAAGGCUACACGACGCAAGCACAGACUCGCUUAUCAGCAAAGUCAGCGAAGACUACAAGAGUUGGAGACGCAACUGAACUUUAUCAGGCAGACUCGUGGUAAAACACAGCGUCCAACUCAAUUGCCAGUGAAUACAGGAAAUUAUAAUACGCAACCACAUUCACAUAUUAAUGUAAAGCAUAGGACAAAGAAGCCACGACCACCUUUAGAUAGUACAGGAAAUGAGAUAAUAAGUCCGAAAUCUGUUGGAAGAAGUAUUCUUCAUGAACCUGGUAUUAGUUUGAGUCCCUUGGCACCUGAGGACAAAUCGAAUACUUACAGCGGACAUGGAUACGAGGAGCAAUUAACCAUACCGAGUGUUAGCAAUCAUCAUUAUCACAGUGGCACAUAUCCCGGCAUAAGCCCUGUUGAACAAUCGAACAUUAAGAUCGUGGAACACGAUCACAAUGAUAAUCACAAUGUCUACAUUUUACCCGAUCAGUAUCGCGCGCGUACGUAUUCCCAUGGAAGCGGCGGAUCUCGAGGUCAUUAUCAGGAUACCGAGAGAAUGUAUCGACCUUACGUGCCGAACACAUAUACCGAAGACGAACGUCAAAUGCGCUACCUUAAAUUUCAGCAUAUGCAGAAGCAACAACAAUUGCAGGAUCAAGUGCAGCAUCAUACUCACAGAUUACAGUAUUCAGGUUCCUUUGAAUACAAGCACCUCGAUAAUGCGGAUAUCUUACGGCGAAGCGGACAGGGAACCUACGACAGAGAUUUUCGCUCAUCUCAUUAUUUGCCCAUUGAUUACCAGACCUACUAUAAGAACAACGCGCAAUCUCAGCAAAUUUUACAGAGGCGAGAUCGUGACUCGUCAUUAUCAUCCUGCGUUAAAAACAUUUCGCGGCACAGUGGUGGCAGUACAUCGAUCGAGGCUCCAUUGCCAUCCGGUUAUUGGGUGCGCCAUCAUGAUGAUAUUCACUGGGUGAGCACAGACGAACCUGACAGAUUCGGCAGUUUAGAUCGUAGACGUCGAAAUGCUCAACACAAUAGUGUCAGUGAGGCAAAUCUUGACACGCAAUCGCGUUAUCGCACGGUUGCUGUUGCGUGUACUAAAAGCUCGUCGAGCAGCAACGUCACUGCGUCAUCCCAUCAGCAUCACUCCGUUCAUCUGCUGCCAUUAUCCGAGCAACAAAUGCCAACGAACAACAAGAUGCUGCUGCGUACACAGUCAUUGGGAAGCGUAGAGACCUGGAACUCGAGUCAUUCGCAUGAUUCGCACGAUGGUAAGGAUGCGACGGAAUACAUCAAUAACAAUCGUAAAAGUCGUCAGAAAGAGUGGUACGAAACAUCGUUGGAUGCAGGAGUGAGUGCAGGCUUGGAUCACAAUCUGAUCGCCGCACGAAAAAAUGUGCAUUAUCAAUCGAGUCCACCGCUUGCUCGUAUUAAAACUGCCACUAAUGAAAACGUAAGAGAUAAUCAGAUGACGGGCGGUCCGUCACUGCCAAUAAGCCCUGCGAAUCGUCACAAGCGAGAUAAUCCUGAGGAGCGGCAGCACUCAGUACAACAAUCUCAUCCUCGUUAUGAUCAGCCCAUGACUAGGUCGAAAGUAUUGGAAAUACCGGCCGAAUCAAAGCCAUCCAUGGACGUCUGCGAUAAUGUGAUACGACCGUUAGGCUCACCGCAAAAUUGCACGGUUGUGCAGCCAGGAAAAUAUCAACCAUAUAGAGAAGUGACAAAGCCUUUCGAAAUGUCGGACUUUUACAAGUACUCGACAAAAUUCCGCAAGAGGAACGAAGCUGCCGCGCAGUCUCAGGUCGGCAACGGAGAUUCUCCGCUCCAAGAGAAUCGUCCUGCAGAAACAGGCAUCGCUGAUUUAUCUAGAGAUCCCAAUUCUUAUAAUUUCGGAUCAAACGAUAAUGUUACCGCUAGUCCGGUACAAAGAAGACUCUAUCAGCCAGUACAGCGCAUGACUUGUCAACCUUAUCUCUCGUCGUUGAGAUAAUUGUUUGCGCUCGCAUAUAAUGUAGGAUAUAAUCAUGCCUGUCACACAAAUGUUUACAGAAUUAUUUAUUCUGAGAAUAGGCUGGUCCUAUCGAUAAACAUUUUUUUCAUUCUUUAGUUCACUAUUUUGCAGCAUACAAACAGGGUGUCACGCUUCUU